AUGAAACUGCACUCACCUUCACUCGUGGUUGCUUUCAAAGAUUUAUCACAUUUUCGAAGACAAAUAUUAGCACAUAAUGCUAUUCGCAUUUUAAAGAAUUCCACUGAUGCCAAUGGAUUGUCCAAGGAAGAAAUAGCUACAAUAAAAUUAUAUGUAUCUUGUUUUUUUCUUUAUAUUCCUCUCAAUGAAGCACUUCGUAGUGAACAAUAUGAACAAAUUAAACCUUGGUUUCCAUAUUUAAAACUUUUUCAUAAUGCUAUAUAUAAAUUACCUGAACGUGCAGGAGUACAUUGCCGUCUAUUGUCUGUACAAAGAGCUAUCACUAGUCAUCCGAUACAUAAUCUUAUCUGGUAUAAUUGUUUCUCUAUCUUAUUUGUAGCCGACGUUUCCUUGAGUCCAAUCUAUGCUUUACUUGUUAUCGAUGUUCAAAAUUGUUUUAUUGAUGGAACUCUUGCCUUAUCUAAUAGUCCUGCUCGUCAAAAUGGAGCUGAGGUUGUACCAAUUAUUAAUCAUUUAAUUGAAACAAUACUAUUCGAUUAUAUUGUCUAUUCAUAUGAUUGGCAUCCAGUAAAUCAUAUUUCAUUUGUUGAUAAUUUGAGAAAUCGAACACGCUAUAUCAAAGGUGGUUACAAUGCAUCAAUACAAGUCUAUGAUACAGUAACAUAUACCGGUCCGAAAUACGAAACAGAACAAGUUCUCUGGCCUGCCCAUUGUAUUCAGAAUACCGAUGAUGCUAAACUACAUCCAGAUCUUAUUGUUAAUCCAGACAAAAAUAAUAUUAUUCAUAUAAGAAAAGGUACUGAUCCAGAUAUUGAUAGUUAUUCAGCAUUUGCAGAUAACAAUAAGGGUCAAAAAACAGUACUCGAUACCGAACUGAAAAAACGCAACGUGACACAUGUCAUCGUUGCUGGUCUUGCUCUUGAUUUUUGUGUUGGAGCAACUGCACUGGAUGCUAUGGAUUUGAACUAUAAGACUUUCGUUGUCGAAGAUGCAAGUCGAGGUAUUACUAUGGAUACAAUCAGAAAACGAUUGGAUGAAAUGACAAAUCGUGGAAUAAAGAUAAUAAAAUCGUCUCAAGUCAAACAAUUGGUGAAUAAUACAAUUCACGCUGAGUUCAAUCAUCUAUUUUUAAUUUUCAUUUCGUUUUUUGUCUGGAUUUUCAAAUAA